AUUCCAUCACGUCGCUAUCGUACAGUCAGUGUGCAGGCAGAGAGAAACAGGAGGAGGACGAGCAGCGUUUAUCUACAGGCACAAUCACCACCGCAUCACUGACUGGGCUGCUGCUGUUGCUGCUGCAAGACACGGUCGUGCGGUCUUUGCGUCGCGUUGCGCCACUGUCACAUCAUGAGCUCGUCAUCGUUGCAAGCGAGCAACGCGCUCUGAGACGCUGUUUCGCCGCAGCAGGGCCACAGAAACACGGCUAAAGCGAGUAGCGGCGGCGUUAGCUUCUGGAGACCUCAUUCCUGCGCACCACAGGCCGAAAUGAUUGGACGCUGCCUGCCUCGUUCUGUCAACUCCUAGUUCUGCUGCACCUGAUUGGUCGACUGGCUGUCUGAGAGCUACUACAGUUGCCAUGACUUAGAGACACUCCUGAUACAGAGAUGGAGAAAAAGAAAAUGUGUCCCCGCCUCCUGGACUACCUGGUGGUAGUUGGAGCCAGGCAACCCAGCAAUGACAGUGUGGCACAGACACCUCAGCUGUUGCGGCGUUAUCCGCUGGAGGACCACAAUGACUUUCCUCUGCCACCUGAUGUGGUCUUCUUCUGCCAGCCUGAGGGCUGUCUGAGCAUCCGUCAGCGGCGGGUCAGUCUCCGCGAUGACACCUCUUUCGUCUUCACUCUCACUGACAAAGACUCGGGCAUCACUCGCUAUGGAAUCUGUCUCAACUUCUACCGCUCUUUUCAAAAGGCCCACCAUCGCCCAAGAGCUGAAGGAAAAGGAGAAAAGCCUGCUCAUACAGACACUGCAGUGGAGGCCACAGAGAAAUCUGACCCCUCCACUUUGACUCUUUCAGGGGAACAUUCGGCGCCCCCUGCAGGAGAUGGGACUUUGCUGCCAGGCGAGCCGGGUAGCAGCGGGAAGUCUCCGCGAUCUAAACGCAGUGGCCGAAUAGCACCACAGAACCGCAACAGCAUGUUAACAUCUCUGUGUAUUCUGAGCCACUACCCUUUCUUCUCAACAUUCAGAGAGUGUCUGUACAUCCUCAAGCGCAUGGUGGACUGCUGUAGUCAGCGGCUCAACCAGAGACCCGGAGCUCCCAAAUCCACACAACGGGACACGAUGUGGCGUGUGUUCACGGGAGCUCUUUCUGUGGAAGAAAAGGAGAAGGGCAGUCAGGUGCUCCAGGACCUGAGGGAGAUCGAGUCAUGGGUUUAUCGGCUGCUGCGCUCACCGGUGCCUGUUGCAGGUCAGCGGCGUGUGGAUGUGGAGGUCCUGCCCCAUGAGCUGCAGCCUGCUCUGACAUUUGCCCUUCCAGACCCGUCCCGCUUCAGCAUCGUAGACUUCCCGCUCCACCUGCCACUGGAGCUGCUGGGAGUCGAUGCCUGUCUGCAGGUCUUGGCCUGCAUUCUGCUGGAGCACAAGGUGGUACUGCAGUCUCGAGAUUAUAACGCUCUCUCAAUGAGCGUCAUGGCGUUUGUUUCGAUGAUUUACCCUCUUGAGUACAUGUUUCCUGUCAUUCCACUGUUGCCCACCUGCAUGGCCUCUGCAGAACAGCUCCUAUUAGCACCCACUCCAUACGUCAUUGGUGUGCCAGCCAGUUUCUUCUUGUACAAGUGUGAUUUUAAGAUGCCUGAUGAUGUUUGGUUAGUGGAUCUGGACUGCAACAAGGUUAUUGUUCCAAGCAAUGCAGAACUGCUCCCACCCUUACCUGAACCUGAGGCCUCUGAGCUGAAGAAACACUUGAAGCAGCUCUUGGAGUGUCUGGUAAGGUUGACUCUGAUCACCCAAAAGCAGAUCUUCGCCUCCGAUUCUAAGGCUCUGGCUAGCAUGAGUCUAAACACACAGCCUAUUCUGAACCUGGAGAAGUUUCAGGAUGGACAGGAGUUGUCUUUAUUGCCCCCCGGUCGUGACAAAGCUUCCCCGUCCUCCACUGAGUUCAACCCACUCAUCUACGGCAAUGAUGUGGACUCAGUUGAUGUUGCCACAAGGGUGGCAAUGGUGAGGUUCUUCAACUCUCCAAACGUGCUGCAAGGGUUCCAGAUGCACACACGCACUCUCCGUCUCUUCCCUCGUCCUGUGGUGGCCUUUCAGUCCACAUCUUUCCUGGCUUCUAGGCCACGACGAAAUGGAUUCACAGAAAAGCUCUCCCACACUCAGGCAGUGGAGUACUAUGGAGAAUGGGCUCUCAACCCCACCAACCUGGCUUUCCAAAGGAUUCAUAACAAUGUGUAUGACCCCUCUCUAAUAGGCGAUAAGCCUAAGUGGUAUGCCCACCAGUUACAGCCAGUAUUCUACCGCGUGUAUGAUGGAAACUCUCAUUUAGCGGAGGCCUUGAGUGGACCCCUGCAGGAUGAGACCAAUGAUUCAGACCCAACAGACGACAGUGGCAGCGACAGUGAAGCAUAUGAUGACUCCAGCUCCUCCUACUCAUCUCUUGGAGAUUUUGUGAAUGAGAUGAUCAAAGGGGACAUACAGGGAGACACACCAAAUGUUGAUCCCCUGACCCAUGCUGCACUGGGAGAUGCAGAUGAGGUUGAGAUCCAUGACUUUCACGAGUAUAAGGGGAACAGCGGUGAACCAGAGCCAGAAGGCCCCACAGAAGCAGCGGACAGUCAGCCCUUGCGGUCCAGCUCUAGCACCACAGCCAGUUCCAGCCCCAGUACAGUCAUACAGGGAGUCAACCAUGAGCAGAAGGAACCUGUUGAGGUGGAGCCCAUAGCAAAUGUGACUUACCCAAGCUCUGCCCCAGUAUUGGGUCCUCCUCCUUUUACAAGACCCACCCCUGAUCCAACCCUUGUUGACCCUGCCAAUAAGAAGCGAGAAUAUGACAACCCCUAUUUUGAGCCCCAGUACGGUUUCCCUACAGAGGAAGAUGCUGAGACUGAUGAGCAGGAGGAGAGUUACACACCACGAUUUAACCAGAAUCUCAAUGGCAAUAAGCCUUCUCGUCCACUGAGACCCAGCAGCCUGAAGCUUCCGGGUGAAUCUGACGGAGAGGGAGACUCCAGAAAUAGCUCUCCUAACUCAACCAUCUCCAACAAUAGCAGUGAUGGCUUUGGGGGACUCAUGUCCUUUGCCAGUAACUUGUAUAAAAACCAUGGCACCAGUUUCAGUCUGUCCAGCCUGGCUCUGCCUAAUAAAGCGAGAGAGAAGAACACGCCGUUUCCCAGCCUCAAAGAAUAUUUUAAUUUUGAUUUAGCAGAGGACACAGAUCAAGACGAUGCUGAUGACAGUCCUGAAAGUCCUGUAUUUGGGCUAAAUUCUCUAAUGGAGAUUGUAACAGAGAUCGGCCCGGGGAGCGGAGAAGGUGCCCGAGCCCCCAGAGCACUGGUAGAUCAGAAAUCCUCUGUUAUUAAGCACAGCCCUACUGUGAAGAGAGAGUCUCCGUCUCCUCAAGGCAGAGCCAACAAUACCAGUGAGAACCAGCAGUUUCUAAAGGAGGUGGUCCAGAGCGUGCUGGAGGGGCAGGGUGUGGGCUGGCUUAACAUGAAGAAGGUGCGUCGCCUGCUAGAGAAUGAACAGCUCAGAGUCUUUGUGCUCAGCAAACUCAACCGUGCGGUCCAGUCAGAGGAGGACGCCCAGCAGGAAGUUAUAAGAGAUGUGGAGAUAAAUAGAAAGGUCUACAAAGGCAUGCUGGAUAUUUUGAAGUGCACGGUGUCCAGUUUGGAGCAUUCAUACACUAAUGCUGGCUUAGGGGGCAUGGCCAGUGUCUUCAGUCUGCUAGAGAUAGCACGCACCCACUACCAAACCAAAGAUCCAGAGAAGCGGAAACGGAGCCCCACCGAAGGGCUUAGCAGUCCAGGCAGUAAGGAGAGCCCAUCGGGCCGAAUGGAGAGUGCCAGGGCGGCAGGGGUGCUUCUGGUACCCCGUAUCCAAUUGCCGCCACCCUCCUCUGGGAAAUCAUCACGCCAGUUUGAUACCCGGAGUCUGAACGAGGAGAAUUUUAUUGCCUCCAUUGAAUUGUGGAGCAAGCACCAGGAUAACAGAAAGCAAAAAGCUUUGGAAAAAGAACAGAGUGGUUUAAAUAAACGGAAAUCAGGAGCGGAUGGAGUAAAACAACGUGUAGAAGGAGGAGACACUGAGGAGAAGAAAUCACAGAUCAGUGCAGACAGUGGCCUCAGUGUGACAUCUGGCUCACAGAAGAGUGAUACGGAUUCCCUGGCGAGCUCUGAACCUCCUGCUCUGACCAGAAGCACCAGCCAGGACUCAGAGGCCAGCACAGUGGUAAGUAACAGCUCAGGUGAGACGCUCGGUGCAGACAGUGACCUGAGCAGCACUGCUGGAGAUGGCCUGACAGGAAGACAUGGUCAGCAUCUCAACCUGUCCCGUGGCACACUGUCUGACAGUGAGAUUGAGACCAACCCUGCAACCAGCUCAGUGUUUGGCAAGACACACAAGCUGAAGCCAGGAGUGAAGGAGCCUGUUGGUGUUAAUAAAGCAGCACCUGCUCCACCCGUUGAGGAUGUUAGCAUGAGGAUCUAUCUGUGUGAGGGGCUUCUGGGCCGGGAUAAAAGCUCAGUUUGGGACCAGUUGGAGGAUGCUGCAAUGGAAACCUUUUCUCUGAGUAAAGAGCGCUCAACUCUGUGGGAUCAGAUGCAGUUCUGGGAGGACGCCUUCCUGGAUGCCGUAAUGCUGGAACGGGAAGGAAUGGGAAUGGAUCAGGGACCACAAGAAAUGAUUGACAGGUAUCUUUCUCUGGGAGAUCAUGACCGCAAGAGACUGGAGGAUGAUGAGGACAGACUGCUGGCCACGCUUCUGCACAAUAUGAUUGCUUACAUGCUUAUGAUGAAGGUCGGUAAAAACGACAUCAGGAAGAAAGUACGUCGUCUUAUGGGCAAAUCCCACAUUGGCCUCACUCACAGUCAGGAGAUCAAUGAAGUCCUGGAUCGCCUCGCACAUUUAAGCGGUCGGGAGCUUUCUAUCAGGCCGAGUGGCAGCAGGCAUAUUAAAAAACAGACAUUUGUUGUGCAUGCUGGGACAGAUACAACUGGUGACAUAUUCUUCAUGGAGGUGUGUGAUGAUUGCAUCGUCUUGCGCAGUAAUAUUGGCACAGUCUAUGAGCGCUGGUGGUAUGAGAAGCUCAUAAAUAUGACUUACUGUCCCAAAACUAAAGUGUUGUGUCUGUGGAGGAGAAACGGCCAGGAGACGCAGCUAAACAAGUUUUACACUAAGAAGUGUCGGGAAUUGUACUACUGUGUUAAAGACAGCAUGGAGCGUGCUGCUGCUCGACAACAAAGCAUCAAACCAGGUCCAGAGCUUGGAGGCGAGUUUCCGGUUCAGGACAUGAAGACAGGGGAGGGUGGUCUCCUCCAAGUCACACUGGAAGGCAUCAACCUCAAAUUUAUGCACAGCCAGGAGCGGAAGGUUUUCAUAGAGCUGAAUCACAUUAAAAAGUGCAAUACAGUGAAAGGAGUCUUUGUCCUGGAGGAGUUUGUUCCUGAAACUAAAGAAGUGGUGAUCCAUAAGUACAAGACUCCUAUGGCACAUCAGAUCUGUUACUCGGUGCUCUGCCUCUUCUCCUACAUGGCGGCGGUCAAGGGGAAAGAGUCAGAGGGCAAACCCAAGAUGCUGUCCCCUCGUCCACUAGCGAGCUAGCACACUUCUCUCCAACGUUUACGUCAGCCCUUGCAAUACACUCCUGCCGAGCUCCAUGUAGAUGUAUUUGCAUUUCAACACAUUUGUUGUCGAAUAAAUGACCCGUCUAAAUAAUAUAUCCAGUCCUGUACCUAAUGUUAAUAUUCCACUCCACGGACACAAAAUGCUGGCAUUUCAUUCUCACAAUACGGACCAACCAGAAUAAGACAUUGACGUCCUAAACGAACACUUUUAUUUAUUGCAAUGGGAGUUGCAUGCAGGCCUCAUGCGCAGCUCUUGUGAGUUGGCACUGGCAUGCAGAAACCAGGCGAACCCCCUCUGAUAUAAGGCUGUGUAUUUAAUAUUUAUGUGCUGAGUCGUACUGUAAAUUGCAGUCUGUUCUGUCUGUGGUGGGUGAAAUGUUCGAGUCUUUACGAUCUAUCGCUGCCACGUACGAGGGGUCUUCGACGGAGCAGCCGUCCUAUUGGUAAAUGUCCCGUUGGCCCUCCUCCACCUGCUGUAAGUGUAUCUCUUUAGCUCUGCCACGUGACGCUCAAAAUACUGUACUAGUUCUGCUGUAAAGUUCCCUGUCUGUGAACUGCUGUGUGAAAUUGCAUGUCACUUGAGAAAAAAAGAAAUCAAUAUUUAAAAAUAAGGAUGAAAUCUGUACAUCUCUGUAAAAGCAAACAAAUGCUGAAGAAGCAUUGAAAGUGUUUAUGGAAAACUGUAGUUUUUUUUUUUUUUUUUUUUUUAGAUGUGCAAUACUAUCGAUAGUGGGUAUCAUGAACAAGUCCAGUGUCCUCAGAGUUCAUCCACUGUUCAUGAGAGGAAAGCGGCUCAGGCAUCGCUAUAUCAUGUUUUCUGUUUGUUUGUUUGUUGGUUAUAAUGACAGAGCAAUGAAAAAGCCACUUGGAGAUUUUUUUUGACUAGUGAUGGGAAAAUCGUGUCCAAAAUGUCCUGUCUGAAGUGUCCUCUUCCUGCUGAUGUGUGUCUGUGUGUGUUUGUGUGUCUUAGAAACACAGAUGGCAAGAGAGUGUGUGUCUGUUCUCAGAUCAUCUCUUCUUGACAACUAGAUCGGGCAGUGCAGCUGUCACAUUUACAUAUUUUAAUAUUGUUCUUUUAUGUUUUUGCUCACAUUUUUAAUCAUUUCGCAUCUGUUUUGCGUGUCCAUUCAGUUCAGUUGUUGUUUGUGGACUGUAAAUGGACUUGAAAAGCCCACUCACUAUUGGUUUGGAUAUGUAAAUAGCACAAAAACCGAGUCCAAGUCUGCUGAAACGAAUGUUUGGACAGUGGAUCGGGUCUGUUGACUAAAAGUGUGCGUGCGUGUUUGUGUGUGUGAGAGAGAGAUACAGUUGCACAUUAUUUGGGCUUUCAUUUUAGUCUGUGUAUUGUUUAGAACAAGAGGGAAAGAAAAAAAAAAGAGACAUGGAUGUAAAUAUUUCAGCAUUUAAAAAUAUUUAUAGAACCUGUACAGCUUUGGCAAUAUGAAAAUAAAAUAUGUCCAACCCA